AUGUCUUCUUAUCCAGUCACCAACGGUGUGACCACGUUUCUGCCGCCGCCGGAAAGAUACGUCGUUGACUUUGACAAUCCUCAACAGCAGGAUGCACUCAAACAUUUCCUCAUCUUCGGCAUUCUUGGGUCUUUGGCCAUUUUGUGUCUUUUCCAGCGAUUAUAUGUAAAGUAUUACAUAACGCGAGGUUUGAAGAUAGACAAUGGGUCAAUAUCCAUCGGAGGCCUAUGCCAUCAUGCAUGGGAAAUGCCCAUUGACGUCUUCGAAAAGCACAUGCUCAGUUCUUAUAUCGCCGGUCCAGCCUUCAUCAUAUGCAACGGUCUCACGAAAAGCUCUCUCUUAACAUUCUACCUUCAAGUAUCUCCGCAGAAAUGGUUCAGAAGAGCAAUCUUUAUGACAAUCGCCUUCGUUGUUCUCUACACUAUCAUCAUCGCCAGCCUGCUACUCUUCGGAUGCCAACCGAGACAAACAGCAUGGGACCCCUACCUGUUCGCAACUGGGAAGUGUAUUGACCAUGCUGUCAUGUAUAUCAUCAUAGCGAUCGUCAACAUUAUAUCGGACAUCAUCCUUUUCGUUAUUCCCAUGCCAACGAUCAUCCGUUUGAAGAUGCCGUUGGGACAGAAGAUUGGCUUGGGAAUUAUGCUCGGCAUUGCAACGAUAGACAGAACGGUCACGACGUCUAUCAUCCGCAUGUUCUACCUACCCUCCCUCUUGGGAGCAUUAGAUAUUCCAUGGAUCGCAGCACCAGCUAACGUCUGGUCAUUCGUGGAAGUCAACCUUUUCAUUAUAUGCGGCUGCAUGCCAACCUUUCGUAAGUUCUUCAAACGCUUCGCGCCCAGAUGGAUGGACUCUUCAAGCAACGCGGACUGCCCCAAGCCCCCUUCAAGCGGUUCGCUGCAUAAAGUGAAUAGGAAGAAGCAUACAGGGUACACACAGUUCGAUACAAAUUGCUCUUUGGAACUUGCGACCUACCCCGAUACCGUGGGCCGAACAACGCAAGUUACGACCGGAAGUAUUUGCAGUGGAGUGAUGGGGAACACGCUGGAUAAUGCGAGCGAAGAGGCGAUACUACAGCACAGCAAGAUUGUGUGCACAAAAACAUACAAUGUAUCACAUAGCGUGUAGAAAGAAGCAAUCAAUACGAC